UUUGUAUAGUAGCCUUUUUAGGGCUUUUUUUGCCAUAGCCUGACGGAGCUGGCAGGUUACCACGUAAACUAGAUCACUAGCAUUUUUUUUUGGUACAGCCCAGAGUUUGGAAAAACAAGAUACUGCCAGCCCAUGGACCGGUAGCCCACGAAGCAUCCAAGCCAGAUUUAAGAAAAAAGAGAUGGGCUGGACCUGGACUGGGCUAUUAGUCAAAGGCAGCCCAUGGAAAAGAAGCGUCAAGAAGGCUCCGAGCGCCUGGGCUGUUACCAAAACCGUAAAAAAUUAGCCAAGUCCGAGCGGUGCAUGUCAGCUUUAGCUACACUUGUCAAGCCGAGCGCGGCAUGCACGCCUCCCAGGACGACGGAUGGACACUCUCCUGUCUCCAUGCCCACCGCACCGCGCCGGACUGCCGGAAGAACAAUCCCCUAUUCAUCUCCAUCCACGCACCGCCUCACAUCGCCUGCACAAAGGACCAAAAAAUCUUCCCAUGCAUUCGUAGAAUUUCGGCUGAUUGAUUGAUCGAUCGAUCGAUCCGAAAACGGAGUAGAUUGGAGAUGCCGAUGGCAGUGCGGCGGUGCGGCGGGGGCUGCGACGGCGCGGUGGACGCGAUGCUGCAGUGCCAGAAGGUGAGCGACUUCCUGAUCGCGGCGUCGUACCUCUCCAUCCCGCUGGAGCUGCUCUACUUCGCUUCGUGCGCCGACCUUGCGCCGCUCAAGUGGGUGCUCCUGCAGCUGGCCGCCUUCGCCGUGCUGGGCGGCGCCAUCCACCUGCUGGCCGUGCUCACCCACCACCACCCGCACUCCUCGGGCCUCCUCCUCGCCUCCACCGCCGCCAAGCUCCUCGCCGUCUUCGUCUCCUUCGCCACCGCCCUCUCCCUCCUCACCGUCAUCCCGCGCCUCCUCCGCGCCAAGCUCCGGGAGGCGCUCCUCCGCACCAAGGCCCGCCAGCUCGACCAGGACCUGGGGCUCAUCCGCCGCCGCGUCGAGGCCACCACCCGCGUCGCCCGCAUGUUCGCCCGCCACAUCCGCGACGCCCCGCCGCUCGACGACCCGCACGCCAUCCUCCACACCACCAUGCUCCACCUCGCCCACGCGCUCUCGCUCCACGGCUGCGCCGUCUGGCUGCCCGGCGAAGGCGUCCUCCAGCUCCUGCACCAGCUCAGCCUGCGGGACAAGGGCGGCGCCGUCGUGUUAGGGUCGCAGGUCUCCAUACCCGCCGAUGACCACGACGUGCUCGACGUAAUGUCCAGCGAGGCCGCCAAGGUGCUCCGGCCUGGCUCGGCGCUCGCCACGGCCAGCGGGGGCCUCCAGCCGCCCGGAGCCGUGGCUGCCAUACGGAUGCCUAUGCUCAAGGUUUCCAAUUUCGACGGAGGAAGGGUUUCCCCGGAGGCGAGCUCCUCUGCCAUCUUGGUGCUGGUUCUUCCCCACAAGGACGGGGACAGCCCGCGAGGAUGGAGCAGCCAGGACCUGGAGAUCGUGCAGGUCGUCGCUGACCAGGUCGCCGUGGCGCUGUCCCACGCGGCGGUGCUGGAGGAGUGGCAGUCCACGCGCGACAAGCUCGCCGAGCAGCACAGGGCCCUGCUGCACGCGAAGCACGAGGCCAUGGCGGCCACCAACGCCGUCCGCUCCGUCCAGAGCGCCUUGUGCGGCGCCAUGAAGAGGCAGAUGCAACCCAUCGUCGGGCUGCUCUCGAUGCUGCGGCAGGAAGGCAUGCGCCCCGACCAGAGGCUGGUCGUCGACGCCAUUGCCCGGACAAGCACGCUCGCGCUGACGCUCGUCAACGACGCCGACAUGGAGACGCUGGCGAUGAGCCGCGUGCCCUUCGGCCUCCACGCGCUGCUCAGGGAGGCGAUGAGCGUCGCCCGGUGCCUGGCCGGCUGCGGGGGCCUCGGCUUCUCGUACCGGACGGAGAAUUCUCUGCCACAGUGGGUCGUCGGCGACGAGACCAGAGUCUUCCAUCUCCUGCUGCACAUGGUGGGCACGAUGCUGAACCGCCGCUGCGACGGCGGCGCCGGCUGCCUCUCGUUCUCCGUCAAGAGCUGCGCUGCGGGUGAAGAAGAGAGGUUCGGCCGUGAUUGGAUCCCGAUGCGGCCAAGCUUGUCUCCAGGCUGCAGCAUACGUGUCAAGUUUCAGGUCGGGUUGGAAACACCACCAGGGCCAGGUCUCCCUUGCGCCAAAUCCCCUCGUACACCGGCCAGCUCCGAGAUGGGGCUUAGCUUCAGCAUGUGCAACAAGAUCGUCCAGAUGAUGAACGGCAGCAUGCGGUCGUCAGCGUCGGACGGAGGCAGCAUCACGGUCGUGCUGCAGUUCCAGCUGCAGCAGCAAUCGGGCCUGCACCGAAGCCGGGCGCCGGCGCCGUCCAUCCCUCACUUCGACGGGCUGAGGGUGCUGGCCGCGGACGGCGACGGCGUGAGCCGGGCGGUGACCCAGAAGCUGCUGGAGAAGCUGGGGUGCCAGGUGACGCCGGUGCCGUCGGGGGCGCACUGCCUGGGCCUGCUGGCCAGCGCCGGCUCCUGCUUCCAGCUGGUGCUCCUCGACCUCGACGCGCGCGCCGCGGCCUCGGAGAUGGACGUGUGCGAGGCGGCGCUCCGGAUCAGGGAGCUCGGGAGCGGCGGCUGCUGGGUGCUUGUCGUGGCCGCGCUCGCGGGCCCCGGCGCCGACGACGCCGGCGUGCGCGAGAUGUGCCAGCGGUCCGGGAUUCAUGGCGUGGUGCAGAAGCCCUUCACGCUGGCCGCGCUCGGAGCUCAGCUCUCUGCAGUCCUUGAGAACAACUGACGAUGUCAUGCAUGCCACCACGUGCUUGUUCUGUUACCGCUGCUGCCAGUUGUACUUAACUGCUCGCGAUGGCACGAGCUGGAACACGAAUAAAAAGUUCAGGCAACGUGUGAUCCU